AGACUUCAACUUUUGUUAAAGAAGAGAAAUCACUUCAAGGGAGUCCGAUUCCACAAUAAUUUUUCUACAAUUGAGAGUCUGAGCAUGUUUGAUACCUUGAAGGAUAGCAAGAAGCUGGGCCAGAAGUGGAGGGAGAUAAAAUGGGUGAAAAAAGGAAUCUAUUGCAUGUACGAAGCUAGAAGAAUCCUAAAAAAUGAAACCCACUCUGAUACCUUUGUGCUUUUCCUUGCAUGUAGUAUCUGUAUUUAGCUUCAGGAAAUUAGCUUAAGGAGGAACCCAUGAAAGGUGAGAUCUGUCUCCCGAAGCUUCUGGAAUGGAACGACUCCUUGCUUCACGCAAGCUCCUUCUCCAUAUCAAUGAGGGUGUUCUGAAGAUAGACCCAGAAGUUCCAAAAACAGAGGUGUUGAUGAUGAGGGAUUGGGCUAUGCGAGAAAAAAAUCCUCCAAAUUUGGUGAGCACGUUUGCACUGGAAAAUAGCAUGGCCCGAAAUUUCAACAUGCUUCCUACAACACGGACAAUAAGGGCACACAACACACAGAGAAGGGAGAAAAAACAGAGAACACACAGGCAGAGAGUUAGAAACCCAUCACCUGAUCACCAUAUCUUCUUCUCUCCAUCUCUCUUAUCCCACCAUCACCACUUUUCUCUUGCAUACCCACGACCUCCGACGCAAGGGAACGACGCGAACGACAGUCUCCUCCCUGGUAGUGUAUUUUAAGUAAGUAUCAAAUACGUUGGAAAUAGAAAGGCUUUGGAAAUCAUGCUUUUAAUUUGAAACAGAUUUUUUUGUUUCUA